UGAUCUUAAUUGUGGUUGUCAGCCCCAAACCCUCUAAAUAUAUAUUAAAUGCAUCUUACCAGAUAUAAAAUGACUACUACAUAAUCUGUGGUAAUCGUUUGGAGCCCAGUUUUCUCGUCGAAUUGCAGCAGUCCAUCUCGCUCUCCUCUCUGGGUCUCUCGGAAUACGGUAGAACCUCAAGUCUCUCCGUCUAUCUUCUCUGUUAUUGCAACCGACCGCCACACACGCCUUCACCAUUUUGAUUAUUAAUGUUAACGAGCAGAAAAACACGCCAUAAUAGGAGGAAUUUACGUAGCGGUAAUGCAUCAACAACGACGAGUUGACGGACAAUAUGGUGCGGGGGCGUGGUUGUGACGUCACGUGAGUAGGGUAUAUACGUGCGCGUCAUGCGUCCUGACGUAGUGGAUGUGAGUGGCUGAAGUUGCCGUCCGAUUGCUUUGGAAAAGUGGUGCUGUGAAGACAAUCCACUUAACCUUAAGACGUAUUGUAAACGACUGAAAGGUGUCAGAUAUUUUUGGACAAGAAUCCGUUCAAUCUCGCUUCUGCUUCGAGUCGUUUGGGUGGACGUUGAAACUUCGAGGCCUGCUUUGUUAGCCUAGCCUAGUUUAGCAGCUAACAAAGAGAAACAACGCACCUUUGAUACACACGUCGCCGAGCAAGCAAACGUCAUGUCCCAAAAUGUCAGUUGUCAGUCAAGCGCAUCGUCCUGAACACCUGGAGUCUGCUCGCAUGGAAGAAGCGGAAGACUCGCCAUACAUCAAGAAGGUGGAGGAAAAAUUUGUCCACAUUAAAGAGAAGCAGGAGGAGUACCUCAUUAGACUGCAGAACCCCCACAUUAAGGAACAGCAGCAACCUCAUCCCCUCAAAAAGGAGGAGGAGGACCCACCAUAUGUUAAAGUUGAGGUGGUGGACAUUCCCAAGUGGACUAGUGAGCCCUUAAAGGGUGAAGAUGGACGUCCGAGUGAAGCCAGCAGAGGGACGGAGCCUCUGAAUGGCAGCAACAGUAGUUCAAAAGAAGGAUCCCGAGCAGACAACCUCCUCGCUCGACCAUCAAAUAGUGACGACUUCACAUCACGCUCACUGUUCUGUUUCAUUAAAUAUCUUGGUCCUGACGCUCAACAGCUUAAGAGAGAAGUACAACUUCCAAUCAAAAAGGAGGAGGUAGAACUGCCAUACGUGAAAGACGAGGACGAUAUCACCAUGUCGACUGCUGAGCCCUUGAAUAGCGAGGAUGGUCCAAGUGAGGCCAGCAGAGGGACGGAGCCUCCAAGCAGCAGCUCAACGGAAGGAUCGCAAGCACACAUUUUCCUCGGACCAACAGAUAGAAAUAGCGCCACGUCACACUCAUCUUACAAAGAUAAUGGUCAGAAGAAAUCUCACUGUGACGAAAAACUCUGCAAAUGCGCUCAGUGUGGAAAAACCUUUGUUAAUAACUAUAGUUGUCGUAUGCAUAUGAGGAGCCACACUGGUGAAAAACCUUUUUCCUGCUCAGUUUGUGGUCAAGGAUUCAAGAGAAAGCAAAACUUAAAAAUACACAGAAGAACCCACACUGGUGAAAAACCUUUUUCCUGCUCAGUUUGUGGAAAAAGAUUCACUCAGAAGAGCGCCUUAAUCACACACAGAAGAACCCACACUGGUGAAAAACCUUUUUCCUGCUCAGAUUGUGGUCAAGAAUUCAGUCAUAAGAGUGCCUUAAAAAAACACUCAAGAACCCACACUGGUGGAAAAACUUUUUCCUGCUCAGUUUGUGGUCAAGGAUUCACUCAAAUUCACUACUUAAAAUUACACACAAGAACCCACACUGGUGAAAGACCAUUUUCCUGCUCAGUUUGUGGAAAAAGAUUCACUCAGAAGAGCGCUUUAAACACACACAGAAGAACCCACACUGGUGAAAAACCUUUUUCCUGCUCAGUUUGUGGUCACAGUUUUACUAUGAAGAAAAACUUAGAAGCACACACUAGAACCCACACUGGUGAAAAACCUUUUUCCUGCUUAGUUUGUGGAAAGAGAUUCACUCAGAAGAGCGCCUUAAACAGACACAGAAGAACCCACACUGGUGAAAGGCCAUUUUCCUGCUCAGUUUGUGGAAAAAGAUUCACUCAGAAGAGCGCCUUAAACACACACACAAGAACCCACACUGGCGAAAAACCUUUUUCCUGCUCAGUUUGUGAUCAAGGAUUCACUCAAAUUCAACACUUAAAAGUACACACGAGAACCCACACCGGUAAAAAAACUUUUUCCUGCUCAGUUUGUGGUAAAAAAUUCAGUGUUAAGAAUGCCUUAAAAGUACACACAAGAACCCACACAGGCGAAAAACCUUUUUCUUGCUCAGUUUGUGAUAAAAAAUUCGCUCGCAAUGAUCGGAUUAAGAGACACGUGUGUAUUGGUGGGAGAAGCAGUGACCAAUGACUGUUUUGCCUGUCAUCCACGCUACCUUCGUCAGAUUGUGCACGCAGGUCAAUUGUAGUCUGUAGAGUUUCCUGAAAUCCUGUUGAGGAUUGGUAUUAUUGGUGCCUUACAUGUGCUUUGUACACUCCUUGUAUGAUGUGGAUCCACACUAUUGCCAAAAGUAUUGGCUCACCUGAUUAACUCUCAAGUUGAGUGGCAUUGUUUAUACAAGUUUAUACAAUACUUUCCCUCUUUCAAACUACACUUUUCACAGCUAAUAUUUGAAACGGUAGACCCCAAUUUACAAAAAUUCUAAAUCAUUCAUCAAUAAUAUAAUUACAGAAAUAUGGAAAAUUAUGAUUGGCUCAAAAAUAUUUUUUGGGGGAGGGUUGUUUAUAUAUAGUUUUAAAAGUUACUACUCUUGAUUGACAGUAACAUAUUACGAGUAAUGCAGCCAAAUAAAGAGAGGGGAAAAAAUGACUACGAGAUGAAAGUUAUACUCUUACUACAAGAAAAAAAAGUAUUAUUAUGUAGGGGUAAUGUAGCUGAAUAAGGGGCUAGGUACUUUAUGUACAUUUACCUUAGCUGGGAGCUCCGACAAAGUAUUCGUACAAAUCCUUCGAUUGAUCAAAAUUUGAUGUAGAUGAGCUAAAAGAUAAUGGAUUUCCUUAUUUUGGAACCUGAUUCUAAAACACAGCCCCACAAGAUGCUUUCAUCAUAGUUGACUUUAGUGGAGGCGCCAAAGCGCUACGGAAAGUACGUGGCUGCUUAUUCAGCUACAUUACCCCUCUUUUCUGUAUUUGGCCUAAUACUUUGUUGCACAACUCGGACAAUGAUUAUUAAAAUUGUUUGUGCUUUUAAUCAUUUCGGCCCCCGUCGAUGAACAUCGACUCUGCUUCGGAUUUUAAAGUGCUUGUACUUCACUGUACUUAUUAAUUUUAUUUAUUUUAAACAACGUGUUUUUAUUCAGUCCUAGCUUCCUCUUCCCUUUGUUCACAACAAGCCUAAUUAUAAUAUUAUAAUUCAAAACUAGGGUUGUAACUAAAACCGAUACUUUGUUACCAAGUUGAUUCUAAGAUUCAGAAAAUGUGACUGGAAUGCCUUUUCUGCAAUACCCAAAGUAUCGCCAGUACCGACGCGGCAGAUCUGGCCGCUUCUUUUGUGUGACAUACGAGGCUGCACAAGUUGCCUGACAAGAGGUCAAUAUCACCACUAAAAUGGGGGUUGUAAAUGACCGGUUAAAUGGCAACCCACGCUGUGCCAAAGAACGAGAAAAACAGUCAAUGUAUGCAACAUGGAAGUGACGCGCAUUUACGUUUUUUUUUUUUUUUUUUUUUUUUUUUGACUUUUGACUUUUUUAAAUUAAACCCUUUAACACCCAAGCCUAUUUUUUUUUCCAAAAGAUGCACACCGCUGUGAUGCUGCCUUUAUAUUUCAAAGAGAGAAAAAAAUCACAAUUGCCAGAUUGAGUCCCUUUUUUAGGACACCAUAACCUUCAUGUCCAAGCUGUUGUUUUCUUCAACCAAUUAUAAUCAACAUUUUGGACCGAAAAAGACAACAACAACAACAAAAAACAAAAAAACGGUACGUAUCGUCAAAGGCAUUUUUGUCCUUUCUACAUAUUAUGGUCAAAACAGGUUAUAUACAGGAGACCAACAGUGCAAAAUAGUGACUAUAUAAAUAUACACUCACCGGCCACUUUAUUAGGUACACAAUGCUAGCCGGUUGGACCCUCUUUUGCCUUCAGAACUGCUUCAAUUCUUCGUGGCAUCGAUUCAACAAGGUGCUGGAAGCAUUCCUCAGAGAGUUUGGUCCAUAUUGACAUGAUGGCAUCACACAGUUGGUGCAGAUUUGUCAGCUGCACAUCCAUGAUGCGAAUCUCCCGUUCCACCACAUCCCAAAGAUGCUCUAUUGGAUUGAGAUCUGGUGACUGUGGAGGCCAUUUGAGUACAGUGAACUCCCUGUCAUGUUCAAGAAACCAGUCUGAGAUGAUUCCAGCUUUAUGACAUGGCGCAUUACCCUGCUGAAAGUAGCCAUCAGAACUUGGGUACAUUGUGGUCAUAAAAGGAUGGACAUGGUCAGCAACAAUACUCAGGUAGGCUGUGGCGUUCCAACGAUGCUCAAUUGGUACCGAGGGGCCCAAAGAGUGCCAAGAAAAUAUUCCCCACACCAUUACACCACCACCACCAGCCUGAACCGUUGAUACAAGGCAGGAUGAAUCCAUGCUUUCAUGUUGUUGACGCCAAAUUCUGACCCUACCAUCCGGAUGUCGCAGCAGAAAUCGAGACUCAUCAGACCAGGCAACGUUUUUCCAAUCUUCUAUUGUCCAAUUUCGAUGAGCUUGCAGAAAUUGUAGCCUCAGUUUCCUGUUCUUAGCUGAAGGGAGUGGCACCCGGCGUGGUCUUCUACUGCUGUAGCUCAUCUGCCUCAAAGUUCGACGUACUGUGCGUUCAGAGAUGCUUGUCUGCCUACCUUGGUUGUAACGGGUGGUUAUUUGAGUCACUGUUGCAUUUCUAUCAGCUCGAACCAGUCUGGCCUUUCUCCUCUGACCUCUGGCAUCAAUCAGUUAUUCCUAUAACACAAACACAUUUUCAUUCAAAAUAGUAUUUUUUUUCAAUGAUUUUCAAAAAUAAUAGUUAACAGAACAAGCAGUAACCCCAACCUCCAUCUCCUAACCCCCCCCCCACACACACACACACAUUUCCUAAAUGCAAAACCUCCAUUUUAAGUACUUAAGAAUAUUGGAUGUUCAUUAAAAUAGCGUACCGCACGUAAUACUUCACCUUUGCUCAAUAAUAUUCAUGACGUUAGCAAAUGCUAAGGGGGUCAAACAUGCAUUUGUCCCUCAUGCUAGAUGCAUAUAAAUAGUGUAUGAACAAGAUGCUUACAGAGCUAAACCUACCAAUUCUGUCCAAAAAUGGUGUCCCUAGUGCCAAAUUCACUGGUAAAGAUGUGGAAGAACAUACUAAUGUUCAGUUAAAGAAAUGGCUUGAGUGUCGAGGGCCAAAAAAGACGGGGGAAAACCGCCGACCUGAUCCAGAAGUAGCCUUACGCCACUGACAGUUGCCUCGUUUACAUGGAGCCAAAUAUUCCAAUUACAAUCGGAAUAUUUGUUCAAACCGAAUAAAUGUGUUCCAUAUAAACACCUCAUUCGGAAUGAACAGGCCCAAACCGAAUGGAAUUUCAUUCCGAUUCACAGGGGUGGAAUAUUCCUUUUCCCAAACCGAUUAGAAGUAAAAUUAUAUCAUGUAAACAGGGAAGCGGAAUGGUGUCUGGCUGCGUUCUUUCUGCACAUGCUCCGUACUGACGUGGUGACGUCACUUGGUGACGUAAGUAACGUCACAUGCAACAUGGCUUCCAAGCACACGCACAGCGCACCCACACAACUUUUUAAAUGAACGGCGUAUCAUUCUGAAGUUUUGUUUCCACUUGAAAAGUUAAAACAGCAGCUGAUCUGACGAUCGAUCUCCAUGUUUUGCAACGUGACGCUUUGUUUUGAUUAAACUGCGCAUGUCAGACGGCAGUUGUCAAACGUCCUUUCGGAAUAAAGGCAGACACAUGUAAACGCUGGAUCGGAAUAGAUGAAGUGACAUGUAAACAGCUGAUGUGAAAUUUCCAUUCGGAAUGAUUUGAAUCGGUAUGAAAAAAAGUCAGCAUUUAAACGUGGCUAAUGACAUUCCCCUGUUUCAACAAGCUAUCCUUUCCCACCAUUUGCCCUGUCUUUCUUAUAUCCUCUGGUUGUCUUACGUCUCUGACCGUUCUUCGAGGUGAUUUAUUUUUCUAAUUUUGUGUAGCUAUCACAAAUGCUACUCAGUGACAGCCAACGAACACAUUUAAUUUUUUUGGAAUGAGUUCUUUAUUUUGGACAUGAGAAAUAAAAACUGAUAACACCAAUGAUAAUACAUGAGAUAACCACAACAAUGUUUAAGACAAUACUAAUAAUAUCAGAGUUUAUUCAUUGUGUCCAAAAAGGAGUAAGACGAAGCAUUUGCUUAUUAAAACCUACACCCCCUUUUCUUUUCCAUAAUCAUAUCAGUCCGCCCUAUUUAAUGAGUCCUCAUAUCAACAAAGAAAUAAAGUUAAUAACCAUAUACAUAAGAUGCAAGAGAAACAAAAAUAAAAUAAAAAAAGGACUAGACAAUAACAGAUGUGUGGAAGCCCCCAACAAUUAAACCCCUUCUUCUUCCCUAUACCCUGUGAAAACAAUGUGAUUGUACUAGUGACGGGAAAAGUCGUUCACCUGAGGAAACGAAUCAAUUCCGGUUCGUUCAGUAAAAAGAUUCGUUCAAACAAAUCGUUCAACGAAUCGUUCAACGUCAUCGUUCGCCCCCCCCCCCCCCCCCCCCCCCACACACACACACACACACACACACACAACCGCCCAAAUGAAUCGUUCGGUCAG